AUGGCCACAAAGUCAGUGCUGGCACAAGAAACCACCAUGACCACCCAUGCAAUCAAUAUUACAAAAGGUGGUUACUGCUUGGAAAGUAAAACCUUUCAAAGUCUUAGACCACCUGCUACUCCACCACCACCGCAUCAACCUCUCUCCAUAACCCAAUUCAUCCUUUCUCUCCUCCACUCCUCUGCCAUCCCAACCACCCAAAAAAACUUCCUUAUCAUGCCUUCCACACGUCAAUCUCUCACUUACUCUGAAGCCAUCAACCAGAUUUACUCUCUUUCUUCAUCUCUCAAGAGUCUCUACAAUUUAAACAAGAACGAUGUCUCUUUUAUCCUCUGCCCGCCCUCUCUCCACGUCCCCAUUAUUUAUCUCUCUCUUCUUUACCUUGGUGUCACCAUCUCUCCUGCCAACCCCCUAAGUUCGAACUCCGAGCUGACUCACCAAAUCCAACUCAGCAAACCCAAGAUCGCAUUUGCUACUUCCCAAACUGCCCACAAGCUUCCCUCUUUUCCCCUUGGCACAAUCCUCAUUGACUCCCCUGAGUUCAUCUCCUUGUUGACUCAAAUCUCCAAACGAGACUGUGCUACCAACCACGUUGAAGUGAGUCAAUCCGACAUGGCAGCGAUCCUAUAUUCCUCGGGAACAACUGGGAGAGUCAAAGGCGUGUCAUUGACUCACAGGAACGUAAUAGCUCCAAUCGCGGCUUUUCAAAAGAGCUCUGCAGAACUUGACCCACAUGCGGUUUCGUUGCUUACGCUGCCUUUGUUUCAUGUUUUUGGCUUCUUUUUGUUGAUAAAUGAAUUUCGGUGGGGGAAGACGUUGGUUUUGACGGAGAGGUUUGAUUUUGAGCAAGUGUUGAAGGUUGUAGAGAGAUAUAGAGUGAGUGACAUGCCUGUGUCGCCAACCAUUAUCCUGACAUUACUGAAAUCGGAUUUGACUAACAAGUAUGAUUUGAGUUCAUUGCGGAGGUUCAGUUGCGGUGGCGCGCCAUUGAGCAAGGAGGUUGCAGAAAAAUUCAAAAGGAAAUUUCCACAGGCUGAAAUAAUGCAGGGGUAUGGAUUAACGGAGGCUGGAGCUGUAUCUAGGAUAAUAGGACCUGAAGAAUGUAACCGGCAUGCUUCUGUUGGUCGGUUGUGUGGAAAUAUGGAAGCCAAAAUUGUUGAUCCUCUAACUGGAGAGGCCUUUGGUCCUGGCAAGAGAGGGGAGCUUUGGUUGCGAGGGCCAUCCAUUAUGAAAGGUUAUGUAGGAGAUGAGAAGGCAACUGCCGAAACCUUGGAUUCAGAAGGGUGGUUAAAGACAGGGGAUCUUUGUUUCUUUGACUCCGAGGGCUUCCUCUACAUUGUUGAUAGGCUGAAGGAAUUGAUAAAGUACAAGGCAUAUCAGGUGCCCCCUGUUGAGUUGGAACAAUUGCUGCUGUCUAAUCCUGAGAUUGCCGAUGCUGCUGUAAUUCCGUAUCCUGAUGAAGAGGCAGGGCAAAUUCCCAUGGCCUAUGUGGUGAGGAAACCAGGAAGCAAUAUUACUGAGGCUCAAAUCAUGGAUUCCAUUGCAAAACAGGUUGCACCAUACAAGAAGAUACGACGAGUGGCUUUUACUGAUGCGGUCCCCAGAUCUCCUGCCGGAAAGAUCUUGAGGCGGGAGCUCAUCAAUCAUGCUCUCUCCGGUGCUCUCUGUAAAUUAUAAUUUAUUUGUUUAAAAAAACAUCCCUCCUCCAUGAGAACAUUCUUCUUCUCUUAUAAAUAUAAAUCAUAGGAGAAGGUGUAACUGAAAAUGGUGGGUCCCACUCUCAAUAAAUAAAAAAUUAAAUAAAAAUGGAUGAAUUUAAGUGAUUUA